AUGACAAAGGCUGCCACUGUGAAGCGGGAACUGCCAGCUUCCAAGGCUGCCAUGGUGAAACGGGAGGUGCCAGCUUCGAAGGGGAAGACUGAGCAGGCAUUCCAGUUGGUGGUGGCGUCCAGGGAGAAGGAAGUGCAGAAGCUCCUCAUCAUUGACGUCGAGGCGGAGGCCAAGAGGGCGGCCAGAAGGCGUUACGAGACCAACCGCAAAAACAAACACAGGACUCGGCUGGAUGCGACUCAAGUGGCUGCAUUGCAGGCCAAGUUGGCAGAGCUGGAAGCAGAGAAACUCCAGCUGUACUCUCAGAUCGACGUUCUCAGCACCAAGUUGGUUGAGGCCAAUGGUAGGCUUGCAGAGGCAGACCGAAGG